AGCGCAAGCUCCGCGCGGCGCACGCUAGAUCCGGUUCCGACAACGUGGGCUCCAAAGAGGAAACCAGCUCCCCCUCCCACGAUACCCUAGGAUUUCCUCUAACCUGCGCCGAGCGUAGGCGGCGCUCCACCCCGUUCCCGCCGCGCGGGCCAUCGCUUCCGUGAGCCCCAAGUCGUGCGCCGCGAGCUAAGGGCGAGGAUUCUUUCGGAACCCCCCGAUCGGACGGCUAUUAACCCCUAGCGCGAUAGCCCCCUCCAUCCCGGUGGCGCACGAUAGAUUCAGUCUCCAUCCCCUCUACAUAGAUACGGUGUUCUCCUCUCCCGCUCUUUCUUCUGUUUUCUUCUUUUCUUUCCUGUUCAUCUAAUUUGUUGUAAAUUAUUCCAAAUUUUCUCGGAGAUUAUAGGGUUAGGUUUUUUUUUUUUUGUGAGCUGGCAUUUGGCGGGAUUGGAGAUGUGAUCGAUUGAAGGUGAGAUGCAGAACCCAUCGCGGCCGGCGAUGCAUAGAAACCCGUACGAUGUGUUGGGGGUCUCUAGGUUUUGCUCAAGCCUCGAAAUCAAGGUUGCUUACCGCAAGUUAGCACUCAGGUACCAUCCUGACAAAAAUGUUGAUGAUCCUGAAGCUUCUGAGCAUUUUAAGGAGGUUUCUUAUUCUUAUACCAUUCUAUCUGAUCCAGAGAGAAGAAGACGUUAUGACAAUGCUGGACUGGAGGCGUCAAAUUUGAGCUCAAGUUUAUCUAUAACGGACAAAGCAUCAGAAAAUCCUGGGCUUGUUAUAGAUGCAUCUGAUACCAGCACUGACUUAUCUUCAAAAGACGUUGACUCCAUAGAUGAAACUCCUGAAGAUACAAUUCUAUCAAAACAAACUUCUGUAAAUCUUGUCCCAUUCAUUGGCCAAAGAUUUGUCUCUCAGGAUGCUGCUUAUGAAUUUUAUUGCACCUUUGCAAAGCAAUGUGGCUUCUCUAUCAGACGUCAUCGUACUAGAGGAAAAGAUGGAGUUGGUCGAGGAAUCACCAGAAGGGAUUUCACCUGUCAUCGUGGUGGAUUUCCUCAGGCAAAGCAAUCAGAUGACAGCAAGCUGCAGAGAAAUCGAAAAUCAUCACGUUGUGGGUGCCAGGCAUACAUGAGAAUAGUUAAAAGGGCAGACUUUGAUAUCCCUGAAUGGCGUGUCACUGGCUUUAGCAAUGUCCACAACCAUGAGCUCCUGAAAUCAAACCAAGUGCAUCACCUUCCUGCUUAUUGUACCAUAUCAGCAGAUGAUAAGAGCCGCAUUUGCAUGUUUGCUAAAGCAGGAAUGUCUGUACGGCAAAUGUUGAGACUAAUGGAGCUUGAGAAAGGUGUGAAACUUGGUUGUCUACCCUUUACAGAAAUAGACGUAAGGAACUUACUACGAUCUUUUAAAAAUGUGGAUCGGGAUCAUGAUGCUAUUGACCUUCUUGUGAUGUGCAAGAAAUUCAAAGAUGAAGAUCCCAACUUCAAAUAUGAAUUCAAGAUAGAUGGACAUAACAGGUUGGAACAUAUUGCUUGGUCAUAUGCUUCAUCGGUUCAGUUAUAUGAAGCUUUUGGAGAUGCUGUGGUUUUUGACACAAUUCACCGAGUUGAUGCUUAUGAUAUGCUUUUAGGAAUCUGGAUUGGAGUGGAUAAUCAUGGAAUGAAUUGCUUUUUUGGAUGUGUCCUUCUACGAGAUGAAAAUAUGCAAUCAUUUUCUUGGGCUUUGAAGACAUUUUUGGGUUUCAUGAAAGGAAAGGCUCCACAAACAAUUUUAACAGAUCAAAAUAUGUGGCUUAAAGAGGCAAUCUCUGUUGAAAUGCCGAAUACAAAGCAUGCCUUCUGCAUUUGGCACAUCAUUGCAAAAUUCUCUGAUUGGUUUUCAGUACUUCUUGGGUCACGGUAUGAUAAUUGGAAGGCUGAGUUCCACCGGCUUUAUACUAUGGAUGUAGUUGAGGAAUUUGAAGUUGAAUGGAAGGAAAUGGUUAAUGCUUAUGCACUUCACACAAAUAAGCAUAUAGCCAGUUUAUAUGCAUUGAGAACAUUUUGGGCAUUGCCGUACUUGAGAUGUUACUUCUUUGCAGGAAUGACUUCAACAGUACAUUCAGAGUCAGUAAAUGCUUUCAUCCAACAGUUUCUCAGUGCACAAUCUCAGCUUGAUCAUUUUGUAGAGCAAGUGGCAGUUAUUCUAGAUUCUAAAGAUCAAGUAGUAGCAAAACAAAAAUCACAACGAAAGCCCAACAAGAUAUGUCUCAAAACAGGGUCCCCUAUAGAGUCCCAUGCAGCUAGUGUCCUUACACCUUAUGCCUUUUGCAAGCUCCAGGAGGAGCUUGUAUUAGCUCCACAGUAUGCAUCAUUUCCGAUAGAAGAUGGAUGCUUUCUUGUGAGACACCAUAAACAGGUGGAUGGAGGGUGCAAAGUAAUUUGGGCACCUCAGGAAGAGCUCAUAAGCUGUAGUUGUCAUCAUUUUGAGUUUACGGGAAUCCUUUGUAGGCAUGUACUUCGUAUUCUGUCAACGAAUAAUUGCUUUCACAUUCCAGAUGAAUACCUACCUAUUCGAUGGCGUUGUAUCAACAUGCCUCUGACUAGAUGCUCUAGAACUGCUCUGAGGGAACAUGCUGAACGAGUUCAUUUAUUGCAAUCUCUGGUGUCUACUCUAUUGGCAGAAUCAGUUGAGUCAGAGGAGCGACUUGAGAUUGCUUCAGAACAAGUGGCCACGGUGUUAUCUCGCAUUAGAGAAUUUCCUGGCUCCACACAUGGUAUGAACGGUACUGCUUAUGGGAGCCCUUCUGAGUCACUAAUUAUACCAGAAGUAGAGGACAGUGAUGGCAUUAUCCGGAGCUUUGCUGCUGGACAGACUCAUGAAUCUUGUACUUUGGGCAAGCUAAAAGAAAGACGAGCAAGAGAUGGGGUAGAGAUGUCGAGGAAAAGGAGGCAUUAUCCAACACCUUGCUGUGGGCGAUUUGGAAAUGAUGCUAAUGACUGUCCAAUGAUGGGAACUGAAGGUUUGAAUGGAGAUGAUUUGGGAUUCUUGUAGGAUGCCUGGCUGAUAUUUAAAAUGAUGAUAGUUCCUUCAGCUGUUGUACAUAGAUGUAUUCCUUUUUUCCCCUCCAAAUUCAGAUGCAAUCUCUCAUCUCUUUUUAGUCUCCCAAAUUUGUAACCAAAAUUCAUGUACACAGCCUUGCAUGUGUUCAAAAGAUUUUUUUUUUUUAAAUUUUUCGAAUUCAUGAUAUGCAAUUUCUUACUUGCCUCAGAUAUUUUUAAUAACAGGACGGAAGAGGUCCUAUUUUAUUUUUACUGAA